GAAGUGGUAUUAUUAGAAAAGGGAUCCCUGGCUGGUGGUACAUUUGUCCAUAGGCAGCUGCAUUGAAAUCCAGGGCGAGGCGAGGUUGUUCCAUCUUCGUAAUUUCCUGAAAUUUAGCGGUUCCAAGAAGAUCAAAUAACAAAAUGGCUGAAGAGGCAGAUCAGGAACAGAUCCAGGCUGUGGAGGAUAUCGAUGAACCAGACGCCACACCAGGCUAUCAGCCGCCUGCAAAGAAAACCAUCUCCGAGAUCAACGAACUAGACAAGGAUGAUGAAAGUUUAGUCAAGUACAAGCAACAGCUACUUGCUGGUGCCGCGGAAGUAUUAGAUGAAGGAGGUGCAAACGUAUUAGUAAGAAAGAUGAUUUUCCAUGUGGAAGGCAGAGAAGACAUAGUCCUAGAUUUAACAGGAGACUUGGCGAAAUUGAAGGAGCAUCCCAUUACAAUCAAGGAGGGGAUUGAAUAUAGAAUCGUCAUUGAAUUCAGGGUUCAGCGUGAGAUUGUGGCUGGUCUGAGGUACUUCCAGACUACGUCCAGGAAAGGAAUCAAAGUUGAUAAGUCAAGUCUUAUGGUUGGGAGCUAUGGACCCAAGACAGAGCCGCAUUUGUACCAGACGCCAAACGAAGAAGCACCUUCUGGGAUGAUUUCAAGAGGUCACUACACGGUCAAGAGCAAGUUCACCGAUGAUGACAAGACUUCCAUUCUGGAAUGGGAUUGGGCCUUCGAUAUCAAGAAGGACUGGAAGUGAUAAAAACAAUAUCAACAAAUGAAUGUUAUGUACAAAACAAAAGUAGGGUAAUAGUAGUUUCUUUAAGGAGGAGCCUAAUGUGAAUUUACCGCAGAGAUUCUUUGAAGUAAAAUAAGUCAAUUUAUUUGUUAACCCAUCUUCUUUCAUGCGUCUUUAAAAGGAGAUUGAAUUUUAAGUACUCAUUGAAACUAAACACAUGACUUAACUUUCUGUUUCUUCAUGUGCUCUUCAGUUAUGCUCCAAAUGACAGGAUAAAUAGUAAGGUAAUACAGAUAUAAACAGAACCUUCCGAUACUAGAUUGCCAUUUUCUAUUUAAUCAAGAAAAUUGUAUUGCAAAAACCAUAUUUGGUGUAAAGAAUUUGUUUUUGAGGUAUUUUAAUUACAAAAGGUAAUGGGUCUUGCAGUAGGUGCAUUCCAUCUUCAUGUACCUUCACGCCUUUUAAUAUUCCAAAAAUUGAUGAGAAGGUUCCUUCUGUAUGGAUUUUUCAAACUUAUUUUUUCUAUUACUUUUGUAUGCAUCAUGUACUAGUAGAUGUAUUGAGUUUAUGCAAUUGGCAGAUUUAGUGAGUACUGAAGAAAAAUAUGAACAAAUUUGAUAUAUCCAUGUCUUUAAUCAAAUGUUAGCCGACUGUAGAACUUUUUACUUUUGUUUUUUUCAUAUAAAAAGAAUGAUGGGGCUGAUGUUUGAUUGUGAUCUGCAUGAUCAGUUGUAAAAUGUUUUAAAAAAUUAGUCGCCAGUGUGAUGGUCGCAUGAAUAUCAGAAAUGAAUAUAGCAAGACCUUUUUUUCAGGGAUUCUCUUUGAUCAGGACUGUUCUUUCAUACUUCCACUUCAUAAGGCGCUUGAUAGAGGUAGUUGAGGUUCCAUGAUGAUGUCAUCCUUCAAAGAACAUAACAUGACAUCUAUAUUUGUUAUAGCAUCCUGUUCACAGGAUCACUGAUCUCAUUUUAUCUGCAUAUUGUCACAAAGUCUUGUUUUAAGUCUCUCUCAUGAAAGCAUCGUAAAUCUGUCUGUGUUGGAAGUAGCCUGUUUGUAUAUUGAAAAGCUCUCCAUUUAUCGCAUUGUUAGUGUCAUGGAUGCUGAACUCUUGAUUUGUACAAUAUAUAUCAAAGGUAAACUAUGAUUCAAAGUGUUGAUGUGUCUUCCAUGUUAUAAACUAUCUUCAAUCAUGUUGCAACUAAAUUAAGUGUCAAAUAUCAAAGGUCAAACCUACUUUUAGUCUAGAGAGUCAAAAUAAUUUAUUUUAUAUUCACUCAGAGUGUAAUCUUGAUUGAUUUACAGAUCUUCAAUUAAUUUUUCUAUUUUAUGUUAGCGCUGAAUAUGAAAUGUACAUUUUUGUCUUAUUAACAUUACAUUUACAAACAAGGAAUCCAUGUUGGUAUAAGAUCACCUGAUAAAGAGAAUUGUGAGAAGUUUCUUGGCAUAUAUUUUGUGAAUAGUCUGCAUAUAUAUCCAGCUUACAUGCUGUACUUCAAGAGCUAGCCUUGAGCUUCCAUUUCUAAGACCGAGUUCUAUUUCCGUUCAUAUGUUUAUUAGCCUUUGUAAAAAUGAGGUUUAAAUGUUUCAUAAUAGUGGUCAUUCAUACUGCAUUAUACAUAGAGAAGUACCAUAGCACUUACAAUGUAAACAACAUAGGAAACCGACAAAGACUAGCUCUGUAGAAAAAGAUGGGUCUUUUUUUAAAUUUUUAAUGUGGACAGAAUUUCUAUCGCUCAAAUCGAUCAUGGUGAAUUCUUCCAAAUUCUAGGAGCAGUUACACUGAAUCUAGAAAUCACAAGGCUAAUAGUGUCAUAUUUCAAUCAAUUGAAUCUUCGUCCAGUCAUGUUUUUGUCGCAGUGUUUUAUGUUGAUGAUAUGAUCUGAGUCAUUAUGCAAACCAGCCUCUAGUCUACACCAAGUGUAAAACUAAAUGUAUUAAACUGUGUAGCCAUCAAUUGCCUUAAUUUCUAUCUUUCAUUUUUAAAUGAAAUCAAGACAGAUGUGUGAUUUUUAAAAUGUUUUGAACGUUCCAUCCGCCGUCUAUUUACAGUGUGAAGAAAUUGGUAAUAUGUGAGUUUUGUCUCGGCAAUUCUUUAGCAAUUCUCUGUGCGAGGUAUCAUCUAUUUGUUUCAUGAGUUAUACUUGUAGACCUGGUUUUGUUGUCUGUGUACUUGUUUCCCUUUUUACACAACUCUAAAUGCAGCUUAAUUAUAAAAAAACAUAGAAUGUUAUUGGAUUGCAUCCUAAAAGGAUUAAAUGGCUUUCUCAGCUAGAUGAAUCAUGAUAUAUGCAGUAAUUUGGGAAUCCAUUCAUGCUUUUGAUAAAUGAAAUUGAACAUGAAUAUUCCUUAAAAUUCAAGAUGCCAGAAAUUUGUAAUUAUACUUUAUAGUGUAUUAAGGUUGCUGGUUGGUUGAGUGGUCCUAUGUUUGUCUUGUUCCUAUGUUGUUUUCUUUUGUACAAGUGUUUGAACACAUUAUGCAUUUUGUUUUCCUACAUAGGCAUACAUUAAACAGAAAGAAGAAAAAAAAACACCAUGUAAAAAUUCACAAAG